AUGGACUGUCCGCUAGCAAAAAGAGGCGAAAUGCGAUGGAAAGUGGAUAAUAUUCUGGAUCUUGGUUUGGAAAUCAAAUUUAGUGAUAAUUAUGAUAUUGGCGGAUUCAAAUGGUGAGUAGAACAUGCGAAAUUCAAUCAGGAAUACAAUUUUCGAAUUUUAUUUCCACUUGUUUCAGGAAAAUGGGAGUUUAUCGAGGUCCUGAUGGUUUGGCAAUAACUACUUACAUUGUCCCCGACAACUUGAAGAAUGGAUCUUGGUUAUGCAAAGUUCGUGGGUUUAGAAAAAUGUUUAAACAAGAUGGAAGCUCUGAUCAUUAUAUUCGACCAAUUCUGCCAAGACAUUGUUUUUAUGAGUCGAUUCUGUAUUGUUUUUUCACACCAUUUAAUGAUUGGAACACAAUCAUAACAGAUGGAUUUAUCAAGGAUGGUUCGAUUAUUAUUGAAGUUGAAUUGGAUUUUGUUCUCUAUGAUUUUGGAGCACCUAUUAAAGGAAUUACUAAUAUUAUCACAUGUGUUAAUGGAACUGAGUUUCAUUGUAAUAGAGAAGUACGUUUUUCUAUUGUGGUUUUCAACGAAAAGCAACUUUCUUUAGAAAUUGCAAAGACCUUCUUUUACUGUAAAAUAUUUUUAAGCUACUUUCAAUUCACUCUGAAUAUUGUCUCGAACAUUUUCAAAAGUUGGAUAAGAAACAACAAAAAUGGAUAAUCCCAUACGUUGGUGUACAUCAAUUUCGCCAUUUUCUUGCUACAUUAUCGCCAAUUCCAUUGGAAGUUUUAGGUAACUAAUUAAUUUGUUCUGUAAUUUUAUAUAAGUAAGUUAAGCUUUAAUUCAGAAGAGAACGUGGUGGACUUGAUGAAUGUUGCUGGAAAACUACGUGUUCCAUCUUUGCAUUACAAAUGCGAACAUUUCUUGAUCAAUUCAUCUAAAAUGGAACUUUUCAAAAAAGUCGAAUAUGCAUUCAAGUAUAAAUAUGAAGCACUGAUGGUUAGUUCUAAAUUUUGAAAAGAGUGAGAUUUAUGAAAAAAAAUUUCUAGAAAAAAAACAUGAAUGAGUUCAAAUCUGCUGCGGAUGUCAAAAAAUUCACAGAAUCUGAAGGAUUCGAGGACUUCGAUGAUUCUCUCAAACUUCGAGUUUUCCAAGAGUAUGCUAAAUUUGUUUAA